AUGGCAUCAACCAUCUCAGAUUCAGCAACAAUGAGUUGUAAAGGAAUUGGACUAGAGAUAUGCAGACAGUUAGCUUCUAAUAGAGUCAUGGUGGUAUUAACAGCUAGAGAUGAGAAGAGGGGUCUUGAAGCUGUGGCAAAGCUUCACGAAUCUAGCCUGUCUAAUGUGAGUAAUGCAGGGGUUAGUGGAGCCAUUGUCGACUGGGAAGCAAUUAAGACCUUAAAACUUGAGGACGGUAAGAAUAAUACUAAUGUAGCUGAAUUGCUGAAUAAAGCCUCAAAGCAAACUUAUGGGUUGGCUGAAGAAUGUGUAAAAACAAACUGCUAUGGCACCAAAGGGGUGACUGAGGCCCUUCUUCGAUGCCUUCUGCUAUCAAAUUCAGGAAGAAUUGUGAACGUGUCUGGAGGUCUUGGAAAACUUCAGGUAUGUAAAUGUAAUUGCACCUUCACGGGGAAAUGA